AUGUGCUUCUACGAUCAGAAGACUUGGGGGUGCGGCUAUUGGAAAUGGGCUGGGUUCAGACAACAAUGCCCGAAGGAGUACCGCACAGGCGAGACCUGUGGCCUCAAGCUUGUCUACGAGUCGACCAUCGUGGGUGCGCAGUGCAAAGUCUGCGACGCCAUCGACAAAAAGAAGCGCAAGUAUCAAAAGAAGACAAACGACAUGGCGCGAUGGAAGGACGACCCGGCGCAAUGGGCAAACUACGAAACCGCCGAGGCGGAUGCAGCGAAAAUCUACGACGAGUGGACCCAGUUGAUUGCAGAGCACAACGAGGUCACGAUGGUGAGGAGGAGGCGAGACUGA